AUACAUAUUAAAAAAUAAAAAAUAACAAUAACAAUAAAAAAAAGGAGUUAAUAGGGGCGGGAAUUAUUAAUAUUUUUAUGCAUGACGUAUAUGAGAAAUACAUAAAGUGUUUCUUUUUAUUUUACUCUUGGAACAUGCAAGAGCCAUCUAAUGAACAACUAAAUGUUGUACAACUCACUAUUAAUUCAAACAAAAGCUUAGUUUCAUCUAAUUCUCAAAUAUCUGAAUACCCAUUAUCGAAUGCCUCUAUACCCUCUUCUUUGAAAGCUAUUCAUUCCACCUAUAAGCACCAAAAAGUAAACUAUUAUAUAGGAUCCAUCUUCAAAACAAGUCAUUUUUUUUAAUGACACUAAUUCCCCAAUAAACACUAUGCCUACUCUGGCUAAACAAUUCGAAUUCCUACCCACUCCAAUUCAGUCCAUUACUCUCUUUGAGCUCCUUAAACGUUCUUCAAAAUCGACCCUUCAACUCAUUCAACAGACUAUAGCCGCACACCUUAAACGUGACUUUCUAGCUUGUCUUCCUUAUGAACUUAAACUACAUGUUAUUAGCUAUCUUGAUGUCUGCUCACUUCAACGUGCAUCAUUAGUUUCUAAAACUUGGCAUCGCAUUAUUAACGGAGACAUCAACAUCUGGUAUCGUCUAUUGAUGCGUGAUGGAUUUCAGAUACAGUUGAAUAAUAGAUUAUAUCGUGAACAAUAUCGACGUCAAUACACGUUAAAAUCGAAUUGGCGUAAAGGCCGCUUUCGUCGUAUUGAGUUUGAUGGCCAUAAGGACAAUAUUGUUACAUGUUUACAGUUUGAUAAUGAUAAAAUCAUAAGUGGCGCAACGGAUGCCUUGAUCAAUAUAUAUGAUGCUAAAGAGCCUCAGGUAGUAGUGACGCAGUUGAGAGGACAUAACGGAGGUGUCUGGGCUUUACAGUAUAUCGGUAAUACAUUAGUAUCUGGCUCAAUUGAUAGAACGGUUCGUGUCUGGAAUAUUGAUCAAAAGCGAUGUACACACAUAUUUAAAGGACACACAUCGACAGUACGAUGUCUGCAAAUUAUAAUGCCCGUCAACGUCAAUGGACGAAUCGAGCCUCAGGAGCCAUUAAUUGUUACAGGUUCUCGAGAUUUCUCAAUACGUGUCUGGCGAUUACCUAAUGUCGAAGAGUUUGAUGGAGGUGAAGAGCCAUUCGUAGGUGAAGAAGAUCCAGUCAGUAAUCCAUGGCACAAAUAUGUUUUAGUAGGUCAUACACAUUCAGUACGCUCAAUUGCUGCUUAUGGCAACACAUUAGUAAGCGGUAGUUACGAUAAUACAGUAGCCAUCUGGGAUUUAUCCGUUGGUCGCCUUAUGCAUCGUAUGGAAGGGCAUACAAGCAAUGUCUAUUCAGUUGUAAUCGAUCCACCACGCAAUCAGUGUAUGAGUGGCAGUAUGGAUAGCUCAGUCUUUAUUUGGGAUUUGGCUACAGGUAAUUGUCUACAUAAGUUGAAUGGGCACUCGAUCUUGGUUGGUCUCUUGGGUCUUACACAGAAUUAUUUAGUGAGUGCAGCUGCAGAUUGUACAUUAAGAGUGUGGAAUCCUAACAAUGGGAUUUGUGAACAUGUGUUGGCUGGACAUGAAGGAGUCAUUACAUGUUUCAAGCAUGAUGAUGAAAAAGUGAUUUCUGGUUCAGAAGGUGGUUUAAAAGUUUGGGAUAUAAAGACGGGCAGGUAUUUGUAUGAUUUAGUUACAGAUGUAAAAGGUGUUUGGUGGGUCACUUUUGAUAAAAGUAAAUGUGUUGUAGCUAUUCACAAGUAUGUAAUUACCAUAUAUCUGCAUAUUCUAUGGUAGUUUUACUAACUUUAUAUUUUUUAGUCCUGAUAAAACUUCAUUCCAAUUAUUAAAUUUUGAUGUUGAUUUUCAACAAGAAACAAUAAUUUAAUGGAAGAAGAAGAAAGUAGUUAUAAUAAACAAAAGAAAAAAAAAACUAUUAAAUAAUCAUUUGUUUACUUGUUUGAAAGUAUUUUGAUAAAAGAAAAAAAA